UUCUGUGCCACAACAAUUAACCUCUAUGCAACUCUGGGAGAAAAUAGUUAAUAAACACCCAAGUGACCAUGCAUGAGAGUGACGAUGAGCCCAAGGACUUGAUAAAAGUGACCUAUGAGAAGCUUUCCGCCGAUGAAGUUUCAGAGUCAGUAAAAUCUCCAUCUUGUGGAGCUGUGUCUUUGUUUAUAGGAAUAACAAGAAAUAAUUUUGAAGGAAAGAAAGUUGUUCAACUUGAAUAUGAAGCUUAUAUUUCGAUGGCUGAAGCUGAAAUAAAGAAAAUUUGCAGGGAUAUAAGGAAUAAAUGGCCAAUGAUUCAGCACAUCAGUGUCCAUCACAGACUUGGUUUGGUUCCUAUAACAGAAGCAAGUGUAAUCAUAGCCAUAUCCUCGCCACACAGAAAUGACUCUCUUGAUUCUGUGAAAUAUUGUAUUGACACUUUGAAAGCAACAGUACCAAUAUGGAAGAAGGAGAUCUAUGACAAUAAAGAGUACACCUGGAAGGAAAACAAGGAAUGUUUUUGGGCACAAGACCAACAGAAGUAAUAUGAUCCCGACAUAUCAUCUCUUUGCUAAAGUAAAGGGCCUUAUGAAUUUAAAUUUGAUUCAAGACACUUGAGAUUUUAAUUGCAUUUGUUCUUAAAAUGAUUUUCAAUUGAUGAUAGUUGAUAUUUGCUGAUUUGAUUCUCACUAUCGAUGCUGAAUCCAACUACAAUCCAUCUGUCUCCUGUGGGAGCACGAUUAUGUUAAAUUGAUAUUCAGAAGCCCUAACUAUACAUAGGAAUUUCAUACUGCUUAUUUGCAUGUAGCCUUCUUAGUCAAAACAAUAAAUUCUAACAGAAAAUACCAGCUUUUUUGCUGAGAAUUCUCUGAUGCCAUUUUAGUUAAAAACAGACUUUAACCUUUUCAUGUGCACAAAUGCAAGGAAAUUUCCAUUUAGGUCAGCAAGAUUUCACAGCUAUUUUGGGCAUUAUUGACCUGGAAUGAGUUAAACAAAGUAAAUUUAUAAAUAUUCCUGUAUGAAAUGUUGAAUGUACUGUGUACCUAGUGCCCUCUAGUGGGUCAAGUGUGUUCUUUAUAUGCACAUUUUUUGUUACCUGUAAUCACAGUUUCAUUAUUGACCUGUAAGAAAAUAUAUACUCUAAACAAGGUAUUCAAAUAAUCACACUUGCUGCUUUUACAGUCUGUGCAUAAUGUGUUACAGUGUGCAACAUUUUACUUUAAGACACCUUCAGAGCUGGCCUUUGGAACACACCCAAACCAAGUACUCAACUUUUCCAUUUCUAUCUCUGUUUGGACAAAUCUACAUGUAUACGUCCCUUCUUAACCUUUGCUUAUUGUCACAAAUCAAUUUGUUACCAAUUUGAUCAACGUUUAAAUAGCUAUUAGUGAAUUUAUUCAAUUCAUAGCAUUUUGGUCUUUGGAUCAUAAGUUUCUGUGUUCAAACUGCAGAUCAGGACUUGUUCUUGUAUCUAGGCUGAUUGUUCAGUGCAAUACUUUAGUGCUGGAUAUGCUUUUCGUCAAAUAAUUUGCAAGGAUUUUUAUAGUUUCCUUGCACUUGCAUCAAAUUAUUACAAUUUGCUUGUUCCUUUGGAUGUUAUUGAACCCAUGACACUAUUUGAAAAGAGGUCGCUAUCGGAAACAUAACUCAGAAAAACAUUUACAAAUCAUUCAAGAUUGUUUUUGAGGAGAAUUGAAGCAAUCCUAUGCCACUACUCGAAAAGAGAUUGGAGUUUCUCCCGUGUUCCUGCUCUAACAAUUGCUCUAAAUAAAAUUGAUUAUUUACUUCA